AGCUCACCUGAACCAACCUGUUCAGUCUCUGGCUGGACAGGUCCGGUACUGAGGAAGUUUAGCCAAGUGUCAUUAUUUCAGUAAUGAAUUUUAAAGCGAAAACAACAACGUGGAUAAUGAAUUUUUAUUGAGACGACGACAUUCUGACGUGGAGCGCGCGCCACAGGUGGAUGUAAUUAGAAGUUGAUUAACCUGCUGCGCUGAUAUGGAGGAUUCCAGUGACUUGUAUGACUCCUAUGAGUCAGAAGCUCCAGCAUGGGCAGACCACCAGGCCCAGCAUCUGGAGGAUCUGGACACCGUGGAGUGCCUCAGGAGGAAGAUCAAAUACUACUUCAUGAACCCCUGUGAGAAAUACCAUGCUCGGGGAAGAAAACCAUGGAAACUCAUACUGCAGCUCGUCAAAAUCGCCAUUAUUACCAUUCAGUUGGUGUCUUUUGGGCUGAGCAACCAGAUGGUUGUCGCAUUCAAGGAGGAAAAUCUGAUGACAUUCAAGCACCUCUUCUUGAAAGAUUAUGUCGAUGGAGGCAUGGAUACGUAUGCUGUUUACAGACAGACAGAUGUUUAUGAUCACAUCGAAUACAUUCUGAAACAGUAUGGACAUCUGCACAACAUCACAGUAGGCAAUCAUGAAUAUGAGAAAAAUGGUGGCGUCUACACCCCACUGUCAGUGUGUCAGGACUUCUACAGGAAUGGCACCAUCUACCCUGGAAAUGACACCUUCGAAAUUGAUGCUCAUGUGGAAACUGAAUGUUUCAACGUGUAUCCGAUGUAUGACCCAUCAUUGCGUGAAGUGCUUCCAGGUUUUGAACUGCAUUUCAAAAGGAUGCUCUCUGUCAAGCUCACAUUUGUUCUCAAGGCCAUAAACCUGCAGACAGUGAGACAUCGAGAGCUGCCGGACUGCUAUGACUUCACUGUUAUCAUAACUUUUAACAACCGAGCUCACAGUGGGAGGAUAAAGAUCGACCUGGAAAAUGAUGUGGACAUCAAUGAAUGCAGAGACUGGAAAGUAUCUGGAGCAUCUGCUAAAAGCGCAAUCCUGACUGUGCUGUUUGACUGCCUCAUCAUUGUAACAUGCAUCGUCUCUUUCACCCUCUGCACACGUUCGGUGAUCAAUGGGACUCGGCUCCAAUUUGAAUACACCCACUACUGCAUGAAAUACUGCAAUAAGGAGGUGCCAUGGUCGGACAAGUUGGAGUUUGUGAAUGGUUGGUAUAUCCUGAUCAUUGUCAGUGACACAAUGACCAUCAUCGGCUCCAUUCUCAAGAUUGACAUCCAGACUAAGGUCCUCACUAGCUACGAUGUGUGCAGCAUCUUCCUUGGCACCGGCACCAUGCUUGUCUGGAUUGGGGUCAUCCGCUACAUGGGUUUCUUUAGAAAAUAUAAUAUUCUAAUCCUGACACUGAGGGCAGCUUUCCCAAAUGUUAUUCGUUUCAUCUGCUGCGCUGGAAUCAUCUACCUGAGUUACUGCCUUUGUGGCUGGAUCGUCCUUGGUCCAUAUCACGAAAAGUUCCGGACCUUGAACACAGUGUCAGAGUGUCUGUUCUCACUGAUCAACGGAGACGACAUGUACCCCACCUUCAAGAACAUGAAGCAGAAGAGCAACCUGGUGUGGAUCUUCAGCAGGGUCUACCUCUAUACCUUUGUGUCGCUUUUUAUCUACAUGAUCCUCAGCCUCUUCAUCACAAUCAUCACCGACACAUACGACACCAUCAAGCAACAGCAGCAAAGUGGAACCCCGACAUCAGAGCUGCAAAAAUUCCUGUCAGUGUGUAAAGAUCUGCCGAAUUCUGGUGUGUACAGACUCGACGAGAACAACGGCUGCUUCCUACAGUGCUGGAUCAGCCGAUGCAGGGAGCAUCAAGAGAGGCUGACUUCAGAGGCAUAGAAAGUCUUUAAUGUGGAGAUACUGAAAGGCUGUACUGUAUAAAUAAUAGCCUAAUAAUUAAUGUGCACUUUAAACGGUUAUAUUCAGUGGGAGUGGGUUUCGGAAUGUUAGAAGCUUCCUCCCCUCUUUACCAGUAGUCAUAAGUUUGCUCAGCUGAGGAACACUUUUUCAGUGCUGAACUGAACUGAAGAAUGUGACAAUCAAGUUUGGUCUCAAUAUGAUGCACUGAUGUGGGAAACACUUUGUAAAUACACUUAUUUAUAUCAAUACUGUUGAUGAAGAAUAUUGUGACACAGAAAUUUGAAAUGGUAUUGUUUUACAAAGCAUGCCACUUGGAAAGACUCCAAUAUCGCACUCUCUAAAUAAUGUAUCAAGGUUCAAUAAAUAAGCUGAAAUGCACAUUAAA